AUGGAACAGACGAGAAGCAGACAAUUAGGUUAUGAUGCAUUGAAAAGUGUGCUCAAGUGGAUGAGUGUUGAGAAGAGACAAGAUCUCCAUAAUCACAUCCCAAGCCUCCGUGCCAUCAAUUCCCUUCUUCCAUAUACUAUCGAUGAUGUAAGAAUCUGGGAAAAUGAGUUAAGUAUUAACAGAACACAAUGGGCUUUUCGCAAAAACUCAGAAGAAUCGAAUUCAGAUGAUGAUGAUCCAAAUCAGUCGACUGUCUCGAUUAAAGAUCUUAAUUCUGACAAGUGCUCUCUAGAUUUCCGUGUAAACCAAUCUCCAGAUGAGGCAUUUGAAAAAUGUUUCAAUGUUUACCUCAAAAAUGGAUCCACUAUCCAAAACUUGGAUUUACUUCAUGUUCCCAAGUUCUUGUGUGAAAGAGAAGACCCAGACGGUUUCAAACUCAACAUCUCGAGACUUGAAGCAAAUGAUUGGAUAGUCGACAAGUUUGAUUCCUUCAUUCGGUUCGUGAAUUUGGACAAUUUGGAUGAUAUUUCUCUUUCUCUCUGCGAUGAAGAAGGAGAGAAGUUUGGAAUGUUGGGAAAGCCAUCGUUAGGUGAAAAUUCUUGGUUUAUAGGGAUCAUCAACUGCAAGAAUCUCGACUUGGAAUUAUACGCUUCAAGAUCACUUAUCAACUAUUACAUCGGUCUCAGAAACCAAACUCUGGUAUUAAAUCAAAAUUAUUUCGACGUCAAUGAUCUUCGUAUGUUGAUUGAGAACUGGAAAACGUCCGAUCGACCAAUCGGCACCUGUUUCUGCCUCCUCUCAUAUUAUAUAGACGACAUUUUCAAUUCUUUGGAACUGCAAGACACUUUUCCAGUUGAAAUUCAACAUGACUCAGCCGAUACACCAGGAAUCGGUAUCAAAAUGGAAGACAAUCGGGAUUUGGUCUUGUAUAUUGGGGAACAUCAGGUUGACGAAGGAGCUUUCCAAGCACUGAAGAUGGAAGUGAUUGCGAGUGGAUCGGAGAAGAAGAAUGGGGAUUCCGAGGUUUCUGCGAAGGAAGCUGACGAAGGGGAGCCAAGUGAAAAGAGAGCUCGACAAUAA